ACCACACGAAUAGCAUACACCUGAGGAAAGCCACGUGAUCAUGCCAGAAUGCCAGGCAAGCACGACCCGAACACUCUCUGGGUCGCCCUCAACGAGCUCGGCGAAGGCGACAUCUUCCAAGUCUACCCUCGCCUCCUGGCGCAGUUGCUGCUUCAGGAGGAGGCGGCGAGGCAGGAUGGAGACACGAGCGAGGCGGAGAGGCUCGUGCUGCCGAGUGAUAAGGAGUGGAGGCUGCAGCAGUACUUCCUGCUGGUAGCGAUGCAGAAGGGUCUGGAGCUGGAGAACGUAUUAAAUGAAGCGGAAAAAACCCGGAAGCCCCCCGAAGACUUAGUCGAAGAGUGGGCCCCAUGGCGACUCGUGGUGUCAAUUAAAAAUUCCAACGCACCCCCGCCCGUUGCCGUGCGGUCCCCUCCUGGAUACGCCUGGGACAUUGCUCAGGUCUUGAAAGCAGCCCACCUGCUCUCGAAACCCCCGAAGAAGGUAGACUUCGCUGAUGAACAGCAAAUGCGAUGCGUCUACGCUCUCAUCUACGAUGUGUUUCGGUAUAAGUCCAUAUUAGAACAAGCUAUAGAAGACAUCGACUUUUUCGGCAACUUCCCACAGUACGGCGACAAUCAUCACACAGUCUGGCUAUUCCUCAUGGAGCUGACCCGUCGGCGCUGGGGCGCGAGGCCCAGAGGCGAGGCCGAACGCGCGGUGAGGCUUUUGAAAGAGGCGGGCUCGCCGUACCAGGACAUUGAGAAUACUGUCUGGGAGCAACGAGUGCACUUCGCUGCCGCUAUAGCCAGGAUACGGAUUAAGAAUAGGGCUUUCUCAUUAAGAGAGCUUCUGCCACCACACCUGAGAGACGAACCUCUGUCGACUUGCGUGAAUAAAGAAUCUGUCACUGGAUGGGUCAAUACCUUUAAAGCCACGAAAGUAGCGAAUCUUGUGAUGAAGCUCCACGAGCUGGGCUACUCUUACAGUGGAUCACGACAACUAUGCGCAGGAGAGUACAGAUUCGAUCGCGUCUGCCCCAGGUUUAUCACACUGCGCCCUCCAGCUGAUAAAACCAUCGGACAGCUGGAGCUGGUCAAAGAUGGAAUCAUCGUGUUGCAGGAGCGUGAAUUCUGCGAAGGCGCCUCAACGCUCUGCCGAGCGCUGCGCGCGAACAGCCUCCGCGGCGUAGUCGCCCAGACCCACGCAUCCUCCCCACGCAGCUCGGCGUAUUUAGCGGCUCAGCUGCGGGAGCUGGGGGCAGUGCUGAAGGCCAGCGCUCCGGCCGCGCCCGCUACCCCACAGCUUGGCAAACUCGUCGUGUUCGGGGCUGGAGACAAGGUAUCUAGUUACGUCGGCGCCCUCAGAGAGCUAGGCAUCGAGGCCUCCGAAGCCCCUCAAUCCGGCGCUCCAGUCUGCGUCAUCAGCGAAGAGGUGUACUGCGACACUCCAGUGGUGACCAGCGCCCUUGAUGGCGUGGUAGCCGUGUUGGCUACACCGCCUAACUCUUACUCUGCUGUCACGGAUCCUAUUGAUCUUGUGUGUGGAAGAGGAGGCGACUUGGCUAUGCUGGAGAUUCUUACAGAAUCUGAAAUAGACGCUAAAGGCAGAGAACGAGUUCAAUUUAUACUUGAGGAGCAGAAGAAAACCCUCAAGACACUGUUAUCAAAGCCUCAGAUCCAGUUGAUUCUGUACGAGACCCACUCAGCUCUCGAGGCCGAAAACCAAGCUCAAGUCACUCGGGCCGUCGCCGAGGCCAACCGCCUCGCCCGCGAGAGACACGUUCUGCUCAAGAAGAAGCAUAAAGACCAUCACGUUUCUAUUCCCAAGAAAGACAUCACCGAGGUAGCGAGCACGACAUCGUUCUCUUCACUGGAUAACGCGGUAGUGACCACUGACAGAGAUUACUCUGCGGCCAGCAAGUCUCGACCGGCGUCUGCUUGUACUGACAGUUCCAGACCGGCUACCGCCAGCGUUCUGAAAAAGCAAACGGACCGUUCCGAGCCGGACACGCGGCCGAGUACAACCAGCAAGGGCCGGCCCGUCCCGGAAACACCCGUAGCGAACGCACCGCGGGACCCCGACGAUGACAAUCCGGAUGUUUACGUGCCAAACUGCGAUUUGUUUGAAAUCCAGACGCUGCCAAACCUUGGGAAUGGUUUAGACAUCAACUAUAUUUUAGACAGAGACGGAUGCUACCUCGGACUCAUUCAGAGGAAGGAGAUCACCCGGCUAGACGCCAAGUACAUGAUUCAAGUGGCGGAGGAACGCGGGCUGUUCGGCGCGGCGACGCCGGCGCCGGUGGCGACAAGGCGGAAGAAGGCCGCGGACACGGGUGCCAUGAAGAGGCGCCGCGGGAAGGCCGGGGCUUUUGAGGUGGACCGAAUCAACGCCCCGACGUACGCGUCGCUGUCGCGGUCGUCGCGGCGCAGCAGCGCGCCGGCGCCGGCGGGCGGCGCGGGCGCGGGCGCGCACUCGGCGGCGCUGCUCGCCGCGCCCGGGCUGCCGCGCGUGUGCAGCCGCCACGAGCGCCGCCAGGCCGCCGCCGGCUCCGCGCUCUGCGCGUGCGACGCCAGGCACAGAUUAUACCCGGGCUACCGCGACCGGCGCAUGUCGGCGGACGGCGUGAGCCCGCGCUCGCCGCCGCCGUGCCGGCGCCCCUUCCCGCUGGCGGUGCACGACCUGCGCCUGCGCCGCUGGUCGCAGGACUCCAUCGACUCGGCGCCGAGGCUCGACGCACCUCCCCGCACUAUCCUCACGCACAAGAAUACGUAUCAGAAGAUGUUUGAUUUUUAGUUUUUGUUAGGUCAAAAAGUUAGGUCUGGGACUAGCCGCCGAGAGGCUGAUUCGAAAUUUAGAUUUCAUUUUGACUUCACACGUCCGUGCGUACCGGUCGAGCGAGAUAUUAAGGCUGAUCUUAGUGUCAUGCGGACCGUCCGCGCGGAUCGCUCCGCACCGCCAAAUUGUAUGAGAAAGCUGUCCUCGUCCGCGCGGACCCAACAGCUUUACUCUAUGGCUGGUUACAUAUCAAUAAGAAAUAUUCGCAAAUUCGAAUGCCACACUAGAGGGCCGGCCGUUAUAUCCGAAAAUCUCUUAUAAACUACCGCUGGUUGUCAAUAAUUUGCCUUUUGAUAGUCCAGUCACAAAACAUGGCGCCGUACACCGCCAUCUAUUACUAGGUCUAGUAUGUAAUAAUAGCUAGCUCUAUUAUUACCAAAGAGAAUUUGAAAUAGAAAGUAAUAUCAUGGUAAAUUAUGUAGCUACAGUACAUUUACUGCCAUCUUUUGACAGAUGAUUAAAACAGUUAGAACGCCAUUUGACUUUGAUCAUUAUUUUUUCACUGAUAUGUGUCAACUUGUUAAAUAUUAAUAUUAACGCCAUCUACUCGAGCGUAGGCUGAAGGUUAUGGCGCCAUCGCUCAAAAACAUUGCACCAUGCCUUUGGCCUAGUGUGGAGUAUAUGGCGUUAAUAUUUAUUAUAUAACAAGUUGACACAUAUCAGUGAAAUAAUAAGGAUCAAAGUCUAAUGGCGUUCUAACAGUGUUGUGACAAUCCGCCUCUAAACACUUUAUUUUCUUUGAUUAAAGAGAGAUAUAUUGAAUAAGAGGUACAAGUUCCUACAAAAACUAUUUAGAUGUAAAAUCAUUUAGAAUAAUUAUGUUGAGUCGAAUAAUAUUCUGAGUGUUUUAGUAUUUACCACAAGUUAUUAUGAAGACAAUAAAUGUGCAACAAAACCAAA